UUUCUCUGACGAUUCGCGCUGUGGUCCACUCAAAGCGGAUCUACACGUGCUUUUGUUGGGUUCUGUAUACUUAAUAUUUUGACAAGUUGAGUUUUAAGGUGUAACUGGAAAUAUCAACAUCAAAGAACUGUCUGCCCUUCCGCAGAUGAUCGUGUAGGACAUGAACGCAAUAUCACCAAAAUCCUCUCUGGCUAAACUAGGACUAUUUGGACGACCAAAAACCAUCAAGGUCAUGGUAUUGGGACAAGGGGGUGUUGGAAAAUCAGCAAUGGUUGUCAGAUUUAUCACAAGACGUUAUAUCGGCGAAUAUGAUCCCACUUUGGAAAAAGUCUAUACUUUCCACACGUCUAUCGACAACGAAUUAGUGUAUUUUGAAAUCUUGGAUACUGCUGGCCAACACGAAUCAGAAUGUGUCGGCCUAGAAGCCAACAUCAGAUGGGCAGAAGCCUUCAUCCUGAUGUACUCCGUCACUGACAAAUGUUCCUUUGACGAAUGCCACAGACUCAAGUUCCUCAUCAACUACAACAAAAGAAGACGGCGGCUGGGUAGUCCCAUCAAAGAAGGCUGUGGGGACGUACCGGUCGUACUGGUAGGCAACAAAACGGACCAAGUCGAAGAUAGAAUGAUCUCCCCCGAAGAGGGUCAAAGGAGAAGUAAAGAAAUGGGCUGUGUAUGUUUCCACGAGAUCUCCGUUAGGGAAAGUAUUGAACAGGUAUGGGACGUUUUCAGAGACGUUUGUCGCUUCUGGAGGGUCCACAGCAAAAACCCUUCGAAGCUACGACGUAGCGCUAGUGAAAAGGAUCCCAUUUCUCCAGAUACCAUCAGGUUGUUGUGUUCCGCAGCUGUCUCCCCGAGUAGUUUGAUUCCGUAUGGUUGUAGAGCUUCAGGUACCAUCGCAAGAAGAUGGACAGAAGACGAACUGGUAGAGCAGGACGAAUCAGAAACCAAUGAUAGCGCCACCUCCAGUCCCCCCGAACCGACGACGCCGUUUCGGGAGCGAGCUUCAACCGACGGUCUCAUCCACCAGAAGCCCUGGAGAUGGCGAUAUCCCCCUCCGAGUCUCUCGACCGACCUCAGUGGGUUCACGUCGAGAGCCAGCAGGAGGAUGAGCAUCUCAAUGAAGGGGAACAAUGCUAGUUAUUAGGAAAUGUUGUAUAUAUGUAUUCAAAAGGACGGGAAAAGACGUUAUAAGGUGGUGGAUUUUUUUAACAAACACCAGGGUUCAGUAAGUAGGAACAAAAAGUUAAGUAAUACAAAAGGCAAGUAAGAAAAUAUUUUCAAAAAACUCUGUUACCACAUAGUGGUGUAAGGCGAAGUAAGAAAAUACCUUGCACUAUGAUUCCAGAAAAAAGAGUUGGGUUUAUGUUAUUUAUGCCCGGUUGCACCAACAGAACUUAAGCACCAACCCAGCUCAGCUUAUAGAUAGGGUCACCGUAAGUAUAACUUACGUUGCACCAUAAUUUUCGAUUCUUACCCUAUUAUCAAUUAUAUCUAUUAUUAUAUUAUAAUAUUUUUAUUGUAUUUUACUAUAAUUAUAUAUUAAUUCUUAUCUUAUUCUCGUCUUAAGCUUAAGAUAUGUUGGUGCAACCAGGCAUUAGAAGCUUAUUCGAGGUGUGCAAGUACUUGGAGGGGAUACGAGAAACGAUCGUGCGCGAAUAGCGGAAAAAUAUUGCAACUUUGUUAAAUAAUUUAUAUUGUCAAUUGAAAAUGUCAAAUUGACCUAUAUUUCAUACCUACUGUCAUUGAAGAAGAAAAAUUAUAUAUUGCUCCACAAUAUUGAUAUGAUAUGCAAUUAUUGUAUAUAAAGGUAAAUUUAAUUAAUCGUAUUUUGCUUGCAGUAGGUACUGCAUUUUAAUAACUAAUUUUAUUUACUACAUAUGUACAAUUGUUUACGUUUUAAUAACAUAAACUGAAUCUGACUUUUUCUUUUUAUUAUUUUUUUGGACUAUGGCCUGGCCAGUAACCAAGACUAAUAUAAUUGGCCAAUAUAAAUAAAAGUGUGAAUAAUGUUGCUGAGCGUAGAAACCAGGUGUCGUUUUGCCGAACUUGCACGGUCCCAAUAGGGUACACCCCGUUAAGAAGUGCAAAAGGCACUCACUCCCAGAAUUAAAUUUUUUUCAUUUUUUUACGUUUUGUAGGAUUAAAACAUAAAACUCAAUAAGACUCUAAAGGCGCAGUUUUAACCCGCCUCCCCUCUUCUCUCUCCCUACCAAAAAAAUGCCAUUUUUUCGUUUUUAUUAUUUUUUUGUUUGGGAUGCAAUUAGAUUAAAAAUUUCAUAACAUUCUCAGGCGUAGUUCAGACUUUUACAAAACAUGUCUAUUUUUAUUGACCAGUAGGUUAAGUGCACAUAACCUCAAAAUGCGUUUUUGAAGUUAUACUUCUUUACGAUCGAGGGUGAAAUUUUAUAAUUUCCUGGCGCAUGCGCAGACAGACAGUAUGUAGUUCGUUGCUAAUCUUUCAAAAUAUGUAUGUAUCAGCGCAAAUAAAUCAU